AUGUCUCUAUCGUCCGAACAUUUAGCCCACUCCACUUCCGGGACAAAAAGCAUAGGAAACGUAGGCCCGAGGACGUCACGAUCAAGCUCCAUAAAGAUGUUCAAACAGAAACUGCAGUCGUUAGCCGGAACAAGCCCGGUGAACCCUGCCCCCUACUCCCCUAGAAACAGCAUGGAUGUGCACUCCUUCACUCUGAGCAACGAAGACCUCGCUGGCGAGUCGCUCGAUUUCAGCAAGACAAACAUGAAACCCUACAAUGACGCGCUUGCCUCGUAUUUGUCGCAGUGCGGCUUCAGUGCCGGCCUCGUGAAGUUCAAGCACGGCUCGAAGAUCGGCAAGUCUGCGCUGAAAAUAUUUGGCAACUCUGCUCCAAAAUCUGUGCAGGCUUUCCUAUCGGGAACGGGACAAAUGCUGUUUCUACCUUACAACCCGGCCAAAAAGAAGAGCCAGCUUUCUGAUGACGUCCCGGAAGAGGACGAAGAGGGCGAUAUGGACGAAUCUGACAUCGAGGAGACCCCAGAGCCAGGCCAUCAGGGUUUACGCCAGCCGCGGACGUUGCAUCACACCGUGGCUAGCCACACGUUUGUGGUGGUCAUCAAGCUCAUGAAGACCCAGUCGCUGACCUCUAUAGCUCGGGCGCGCUACUACGCCGAUGCGACAACGAACUGGACUUCUGGCAUCAGCGUGGAAAAUGCAAAGGGAAAGCACAAGUUGGCAUUCAAGGAAAAAUACAGAGUGUCCAAGGACAUUGAUUGGGACCUGGAUCUCCGCAACCCGGACUGCUUCAUUCCGUUCAAAGUCUUUGACAGCGAUCCAGACAGUGUGGAGGAGUUCAACUUCGACUUUGCUCAGGAUGCAGAGUCAGAGGUCACUUCGUCCACCAAAACUUCGGCAGAGAUUUUGCGCUCUCCAUCUGCAGCACAGAGCCUUCGAUAUUAUGAGCCCCUCAGUCCGAAGGACUUUGUCAAUGAAAUCGACGACAACGGCAAAGACAUCGUCAAACACGAGGACCUUUUUGCAGGGGUCGAAGCUGAACCGCGCAAUUUCCAGCCCGGCUACUACGUUUUUGUGCUUCCUGUAGUGUAUCCGAUCAACACUCCCGAAACCGUGCGGACACCUCUUGCUACUGUCUCACAUAAUCUGCAUGUGCAAGUUGAAUCUGCACAAUAUGUUCCUGCCAUUCUUCCUCCCCCAUCAGCUUUGCUUUCCGUCCCGCAACAUCAUCGCUAUGAAGAUGGCGACAUAGUUGGUAGCUACUUGAACUCCAACACCUCAAAGAGCAUUCGAAGGAAACUCGGCCGCCACAGAUCUUCAUCCGUAUCUUCGACCACCUCGGCUUCCCACAAGUCUGCAAAUCCAGUUUACGAUUUCAGCCACGAGCUUCCGGUUAUUCGUCUGCCUCCUUCCGACGCCACGUCAACUUUGAACAAAUCGAUUUAUGUCAAUAAAAUUUGGAGCGAUUCUCUCAAUUACGAGAUUUUGCUGCCUCGCAAGUUCAUCCAGCUGUCUCCCAAAUCUGGCAUCAACGACCCUUUCAUGAGAACUUCGACUUUUGUUUUGCAAAUGAAGCUCAUUCCCUUAGUGAAAAAUCUCGCUUUGAAACGGAUCAAGAUCAACAUUGUGGAAAAAAUCACCUACAUCUCAAAGGAUCAUAAAUACGAGACCGAGAUGAGCUCAUUGGACCGCUCCGGAUGCAAAGAGCGUAAAGUGACGUUAAUGGAGAUCAAAACCAAGGAGAAAAACCACACCUCUGCCAUGAACACCCAGAUUAUCAAGGGCUGUGCUAACGAGAACCUGCUAACCUUCUGCUACAACAACGGAAAAGUGCCAGAUUCAGAUGGACGCAGCAGAUCCGGAUCUUUCAAUAACCUGCAUCUGGGAACCAAAAGAAUGACGAAGCUGCUCGAACCUUCUAAAGACUCCAGUUCCAGCUCUUUGCCUUCGACUUCACAGGAAGAAGUCAGCAUCACGAAUCCUGUCAAAUUGCAAUGUCCGCUGCGUUUCAUUGCCAAUGACGAAACCAAACUCAUUUCUGAAACGCACGAUGCUCUUACUCACAACGGAUUUGAUGGCAACGACAACGAUAUAGAUCCGCCUCCUGGAGGCGACGAGGUGUCCAUUUUUUCUAUGAGCUCGCAGGGCGAAAACGAUCAACAGGAAGAAGAGAGUUCUGGAUGGCUGUCUAAAUCACCUUUGCUUUCGCCUAUUUUGUCUCCCAAAAAGACAUCCUUUCCUCCAAAAAUGUCAAAUAAAGAAGAUGACCGGUUGCAAGAAUUCUCAUUUUAUCCAGACACUAAUUUCCAUAACGUGAAUAUCAAGCAUCGACUGCAAGUUUGUUUCCGCAUCAGCAAACCCCACGAAAGCAAAACAGACCACAACGGCGAGCCGAAAAUGCAUCAUUACGAAGUGAUUGUGGACACACCUAUUGUCUUCGUCUCGCCCUUUUGCGUGCGCGAAAAUGUCGAGCUUCCUAGCUAUGAGUAUGCCGUGAGGUCGUCCGCGCUCGAUGCCUCAAAACCCUCUGACGGCUUUGCUUUUAGUGCCGAUUGCGAUCAGAACAACGACAUAGACGAAGAACUGCCCACAUUCGAAGAAGCCGUGCUGCAGCCUUCGUCUCCGAUGAUGAGUGGCUACAACAUCCCGAACCAGUACUUUUCGACGUUCAAUUCUACCACGAUGCUUUCGCAGUCGCCGUUCUCGGUCGGCUCCAGCUCUCCUCCUGCGUCUUACAGCAUGGGCCAUAAUGGUAGCAGUUUGAGCGGGCUCAGCCUGAACAACAUGAACGACGUGAGUUUCAACAAUCUAGAUAGCCUGCUCCAGACGGCGGACGCAGAAGACGAAGAACUCUUUGCAAAGAAGGAUAUCAAGCCCUCCAGCGCGGGGGGGCAGCUGAGUAGUCUUUUGAAGCCAUCGGUCUCUAAAGAGAACCUCAUUAGCCGUCCCGCAAUCACCAUCAACGGAAAGUUUGACUACGAGAACGCCAGCCAUGUUCCAUCCAGAUCUUCCUUGGCAUACUACGAAGACGAUCUUCCGUCUUACCAGAACGUGAUCGAGCAAGACUCUCACGGCAUGGAGGAGAAUUUGGGACUUCUUUCGGACGGCGACGACAUUGAGGGCGACGAGACGUUCCAUCUAACAAAUGACAAUCAGAGUCUAUGUACCUUGGAUCUGGAUACCGUGCCAGCCCAGGCCACUAGUAUCCUGGACUAGAUUCGUGUGAUUUAUAUACAGUUUAUUCUUGAGGUUGUUCAAUGCGGUAGAUAUCUCCGUGGGCCUUCAUCUGGGCCAUGAUCUCUUCUUUUCCGCCAGCCUCCUUGGGAGCCACGCCUCUGGACACGGGCGACUCGAACACGGAACCGGCCAGGACGAUUCUAUCGGUGAAUGGGUCGAUAUUAAAGGCCAGAUACUCUGUUAAGUCUCUGACGUUUUUCUGGACGUCCUGGCCCGCCUUCUUGACGACAAGCUGCUGCUUGGUGUCGAACUUGUACACAAUUUGCACAAGAAGAGGCACUCCGUCCUCGUGCGGGAACGAGUGCACACUGAUUAAUUUAGGUACCGAGUUAAACUUCACCAGCUCCCAGCCCAUGGUCGUCGUGGGAGGCAUGCGUUUGGUUCUGGCCUCCAGUGCGCUGUACACGUACUCGGACACGUUUGUGCGGAUCGAGGGUAGCUUUUUCUCGGCGAAUCCCUUGUUAACUCGGACGAACGUCUCGAUGGCCUCGUUUUUCCAUUUGAGAAAGUUCGGCUUGUACUUCUUGCCCAUCGACUUCUUGAAGUAGUAGACCUGCACCUGGUUGUAUGCAAAGAGCAGCAGACGGUUCCAGAUGCUUUUCAAGUACAAUUUAGGUGCCGUGAGCGGACUUGGUAGACGGGACAUUCUCAUGGGCACGUAGGGGUCGAAAGGCACGCCGAUCCGCUCGAUUCCCGGGCGUGGAAUUGGCUUUUUCGAUCUACCAGCAGCGCUGGAGGCAUGACGUGCAAAAUUCAG